AGGUGAUCUGUGCUUGCUAUCAUCAAUUCAACCCCGCGGGGUCACCAUACUAACGGCUCCUUGCUUGGAAAAAAACACUAUUGAUUCAAUAACUAGUACUCCAGUCUGCGAAGUGACAUACAUUAGCUGUGAUACGCACAACCGUUCCAAUUGUCUCUGAAGUUUGUAUUCGAAGCGAACUAUUAUUUUUGCAAUUGCAGCACGUGUCUUCUACUCCUUAAAUCCCCCCUUCACAACCCCCCCUCCCCCGCACUCGAAUUAAUCUUUCUUAUGCUGGGCGGCGCACACUCGAAAACACCAGAACAAUUGCAAGUGAACUAGUCAGGGAAAAGCAACACGGCUAGUCACAAUGGGUUUAUUCAAGAGAAAAGACUCGAAACAUUCCAUUCACAGCGAGGAGGAACAAGACUCUCUAUCGGCGCAUAGUACACGCAAUUCAACUGCGUCUCUGAGGUCGUCCGCGGUAAAGUCAUCUGGGAAUCUACCAGUCUCAAUUCCAGAAGUGCCGAUCUCCAAGCCCCCCGAUCCAAAUCUCGAUCCUGCUGCUUAUUUACGAAGUAUACAUGCUGUUCGAGAGCGCUCCAAGAUUGUUCUUCAAAAAGCGAGAGCAGACAAAUUGAACCAUUUUGAUGUGGAUAUGAGCAAAUUCGAGGCGACAGCAUCAUAUGUUGUGUCAAUUAUAAAGAGAGAUUACUCUCCUGACUACUCGUCCAUCCCUCCGCACGGUCGUUGGCAACAUUUCGAUGUCGGUGGAAGGCCUCGAAUCGACCAGCUGUUACAGUCGUGGCCCAGCACGAUUGACCCCACAGAACGAACAAGAAGGCUGAUUGAUCUGUUCUUGGUAUCCGUUUUGUUGGAUGCAGGUGCAGGGAACAAGUGGUCCUAUAAAUCAAAGGAGUCCGGAAAGGUGUUUUCGCGAAGCGAAGGUCUUGCCGUCGCAAGCUUGGAAAUGUUCAAGACGGGUUUAUUCAGCAGUGACCCCACCGAGCCAUGCCAGGUCGAUGGAGCAGGAUUGAAAAAAGUGACCGUUGAAGCUUUAGCCAAGGGUAUGCAACACUCUGAGCAGAACCCGCUUGCAGGAAUAGAGGGUCGAGCGGGGCUCUUGGUACGACUUUCCGAGGCGCUGAACAAUCAGGAUCUCUUUGGGGUUGAUGCCCGUCCUGGUAAUAUGCUCGAUUAUCUUUUGUCUCACCCAACAACCCUAGCAUCGUCAGUUCCAAUCGUGUCCGUACCCACAUUAUGGUCCGUGCUUAUGGACGGACUAGCUGCUAUCUGGCCACCUUCACGAACACAGAUCGAUGGAGUUUCCAUUGGUGAUGCAUGGACGUGCAAGGCCCUGCCACAGACUCCGCCAGCUAAGCCCUGGGAGGCAAUUGCACCGUUCCACAAAUUAACGCAGUGGCUAUGCUAUUCCAUAAUGGUGCCAAUGACACGACUGAUGAAGAUACAUUUCGCUGGCGCGGAGCUGCUCACAGGUCUUCCCGAGUAUCGAAAUGGUGGUCUUUUGAUCGACCUGGGGCUAUUAACCCUCAAGGAACCGGAUGUGCAACGGGGUCUCGUGACUUAUAAGGAAAAUUCCCGGAAAGAAGGCCAACCGAGCAUGGAGGUUGUUCCGAUGUUUUCGGCAGAUGACGACGUUAUUGUUGAAUGGCGAGCUGUUACUGUAGGAUUCUUGGAUGAUUUAUUGGAGGAAGUCAAUCAUCAACUUGGUCUGCGGGGAGACGAUGCUUUAUCUCUGGCUCAAUUACUUGAAGCUGGGACAUGGAAAGGCGGACGUGAGAUUGCAGAAGUCUCCAGACCAAACACCAAAGAGCCCCCGAUUAUGAUUAUAUCUGACGGCACUGUUUUCUAACCAAUUCUUGAGCAUAUUCUUCUUUUCGACCACACUUCGUUUCUCUUAUCUUUGUUUCAACUUUUUUUUCCUUCUUUCCUUCUCUUCUUCUGUUCUUCUCUUCUUCUCUUCUUCUACAGUGAGACAUUUGAUUGAUGAUGAUACCAAUGGUUGAAUGAGUUUCACUUCAUGACGGCAAAGACAUUUACUUUUGAUGAUGAUGCAACCUACGCAUCGCAUGACUACAUCUUAUCUAUCAGCAUUUUAUAUUAAUUUUGAAAAUCGAUACAGACGGGAUCGAGGCUUCAAUUCUUGACAUGGGUCUGUCUGAUUCUUUCUUACAUGGCGAACCCUUUUAUAUCUAUUUUCAUUCUUCUGCUGUGCUUUGUAUAAUGAAGCAUAUAUUAUAUCUUAGUUUGUAGAGAAUAAUAAUAUUUAGUAUCCUCUAAUCAUUAUUCUCUC